AUGCCCUGUGAUUUGUACUUUCUGGCUAUGAGAAACAGUAGAAGCUUUAGAGCUGAAGACCAUAUAAUCCAGUUUUUGAUUGGCUUCAAUGAAGAGUUUCACGGAGUUGUUUCCCAAGUGCUGCUUAUGGAUCCUUUACCUCAAAUCAACAAAGUGUUUCCUAUGGUGCUACAACAUGAGAGAAAAAUAUGUGAAGCUGGAACUAUUCUAUCUGGAAGUAAUAUCACGGAAGAUGGAACUGAAAUGGUGAAUGUUGUUGAUAGUACAAAACAAUUUGGAAGGGGUAAAGGAAAUAGUGGACCUGGCAGAGGAGAAAAUGGUGGAAAUGGCAAUGGUAGAGGUAGAGGCAACUUUAAAGUUUGUACACAUUGCGGUAAAAACGGGCACAUUGUAGAUAAUUGCUACAAAAAGCAUGGAUAUCCUCCUAAUCUUAGUCGAGGAUCUUCAACACACAUUAAUCAAGUUGAAGCAAAUGGUAAUGUGGCAGCUGGAUCUACUUAUGAUGAUGGAAACAUGACUUUGACAAAAGAGCAGUACAACAACCUAAUAAUGUUACUCGAGAAGAACACAUCUUCAGCUUUAGUAAACAUGGCAAAGGGAGAUUGGUUCUUAAAGCAUGAUAAGAUUGAUCCCAUUGUAGUGAAUCUUCCAAAUGGAAAUUCUAUAACCACCUCUAUAUGUGGAGAUGUUAGAAUAUUCAAAGAUUUUGUCAUUCAAGGUGUCUUGUAUCUACCAAAGUUUGAAGCAAGGAGGAAUUUGAAGAGGAUUGAUUCAGCUAGUGAGCUGAAUGGACUGUACUACUUGGUUUUAGAGAAGGACACCUCUCAUAGAACUAGCAAUGCAGGUUUAGUUUCAAGCAUAUUCACAAGUAAAAGGAAUGAAGAAACUACUCAUGUUAUUCUUUGGCAGUUGAGAUUAGGGCAUCUAUCACAUGAUAGAAUGCAAUGUAUUAGCACCAAGUAUAGAUAUAUUCCUAACAACAUAUCAAUAAUAAUAAUGCAUGUAAUCCCUUUGAUUUGA